AUGAAUCAUUUGCUGUGGGAGUGCAGAUUCAGUAAAGAAAUAUGGAGUUGGAUAUGCCAUGUUUUCAAAGUUAAAAUACCUAAUUCCUUUGAAGAAGUGUGGAAUAAUGCUAAAGGCAAGAGUCCAUUCAUUGAAGAAUGUUGGGGCAUCAUUGCAUGUGCAAUCUUAAGAGAUUUGUGGUUACAAAAGAAUAAGAUGAUUUUUUUGCAAGUGAAGCCAAACAUUCAAAGUUUCAAGAGAAGAAUUAAAAGGACAGUCCUUGAGGGAGGAGUCAAAAUUAAAGGUCACAAAUGGAGUACUAAAAUUGAUGACCAGGUAAUCCUCUUCUUUAAAUUGAAACCAAGAAAUCUUAAAUAUCAAUGCAUAAAACCUUGUUAUUGGAUUCUACCAAGAACUGGAGUUGUCAUGUUUUGUUGUGAUGGGGCAUCAUUUGAAAAUCCAGGAGCAUCUGGUUUUGGUGUGGUAAUAAGAGAUCAUUUAUGUCGAGUAUUGGGAGUUAUCUCUGGAGGAAUUGGCAUUGCAACAAAUUACAUUGCAGAGGUAUAUGCAAUCAUCUGUGCAGUUGAGUUAGUUGUGGAAUGGCAGAUUCAAGAAGUAAUUCUCAACUCAGAUUCCAAAACAGUGGUGACUGAAUUUGCAGGAAACAAAAUGUCAUGGUUUGUCAAAAUGAGAUGGAACAAAGCAAUUGCUAAAUUCACUCUCUCCAGUUCAGGCACAGUUUCAGGGAAACCAACUUUUCUGCAGAUACAGCUGCAAAAAAAGGAGCUCUACUGGCAGCAGGUCAAAGAGAAAUCUACUAUGAAAGACCAAGUUUUUUAUCAAGGAUAG